UGCAUGCGCGAGCCUCAGAUAACAUUCAUCCACGGAUUAGUUCAGUAGCCGGCGGCAGUUGCUGCUCUCGCGCGACUUGUGACUUGGUGAACUGGCCCCGCAACUGCAUGGAGCGCUGCCGCAUCGUCCACCCCACGCAACCCGGUCGCACACCCGAACACACAUCCACCAUGGCGGAAACAAUCGAUCGCAACAUGGACGACAAGAUGGAGUUCUCCACGUCCAAGGAGGUCACCGUGGCGCCCACCACCAAAACCGUAGCCGUCGUGGCAGACCGCCUGUUUCGUUUCGGACGACUCAGGCCCACUGUUGAUAUAACAAGCGUAAAGCUUAUCGCCCCCUCGGCGAUGCAAUCCACAACGGGAUUGUGUUUUGAGUGUGAGGAAGAGUUCGAGGUGGUCUUGCUGUUUGGACAGGGUUGAGCCGCGGCAUCCAGAAUCGCAAGGAUGAAUCGGCCCUAAGCGCGCAGCGCGUGCGCGCGACGCGUCUCCCAAACGAACACUGUGGGUUGGCCUUG